AUGCUCCUGCGGCAGAGCUUGUUGCAUUUGCUACCAGGCAUUCCAAUCCCUCCAGAGCUGCUCUUCGAUGCACCGUCUGUUGCAGAGCUUGUCCCUGUCUGCUUUAUAGAGCAGAAUCCGAUCGCUGCCAUGGGAAACAUUUGCUACACGACCGGCACAGAUGGCAAAGGCUUCGAGUUCAGCUUUGCCAACAUUCGGGCUAUGCGCCGCAAGCGCGAGGAGAAAGCCGUUCGCAGUGCGGGCUCCGAGCUGAGUGAGCCCUACACGAUCGACUGGAGCAAAGCAAGGAGCACGAAUUGGCAGUUUGAGGAGGUCAAGGGCCCAGGUUCCUUCUUCUACAAGUUCGCUCCUGUUAUCGACAAGGUUCAAGGCCCGAUCGAGGAAGGCCGGACGAAGCUGAGAGAGAGACCCUCAGAAUUUGAGGGGCUGAUGUACCAGACCAACAUGGUGGAUUGGCCCAAGGACCAGCAAAAAUAUGACCUCAUAAAGCGCACAGAAAGUGGAUACAGGUUCAAGCCGGGCUCAGAGCCCAACUUCACUUUCGUGCAGGCAAAGUACACGGCCAUCAAGCCUCAUUCAGAGAUCGGCGAGUUUGAGCGUGAUGCUUUCACUGACAAAAUGCACUUCCGUGGCCAGCGCCUGGCUGCUGCAUGCCACCCUGGCCGUGGGCAAGGUGUUUGCGAUGUGCCGCACAUCAAACUCAUCGGUGAGAUCCAUCCCAACGAUAUCGUGCAGGGCUCUGUGGGAGACUGCUGGCUGCUCUCCGCCAUCUCUGCACUUUCCGAGUUCGAGGGUGCAAUCGCCAAGAUCUUCCGAAAAACGAACCAGAUCGACCGUCUGCCCCGUGACGCGCCCACCAAGUACACCGUCACACUGUACGAUCUGAAGUCCUGGUCACCUGUGGACAUCGAGAUCGAUGAGCGCCUGUGCAUGCUGCCGGACGGGAGUGACCUGCUAGGUGCGCAUCCGAGCUACGACGCCGAGCUGUGGGCCUGUUACCUUGAGAAGGCAGUUGCCAUCCACUGUGGUGGGUGGGACGAACUGGACGGAGGGCAAUGCCCCCAUGCCUGGCGCAUCUUAACUGGCUGCAACGACCAGUAUGUCUUCAUGGAUGAUGGAGACGGGUUCGAAUGUUGGGGCAAGUUCAAUCCCAACACAGAGACUUGGGAGCCCAUGGAGAACUCAAUCAAGAAGAGCUCCCAGACCAUUUGGCGCAUGGAUUGGCCGGAGGUGGGAGGAGGAGGGGACAAGCGGACAAAGUGCGGCCACAACGAGAUGUUUGAGCGCAUGUGCGCCUGGGACGAUCAGAACUACGUCAUGGCAGCUGGUACCAAGCCGGGCUCUGACACUAACACCACAGAUGGGAUUGUGGAUGGCCAUGCCUAUACGGUCAUCACCUGCUUGAAUGAUGUGGCUGGCACCACCCAUGAUCUGAUCAAGGUGCGCAAUCCCUGGGGCCGGGGCGAGUUCACCUCUGGCGAGUGGUGCGAUGACGGACCCGGAUGGAAGAAGCAUCCUGAGGUCAAACAAGUGUGCAAGCCUGUGAAUGCCAACGAUGGCGUGUUCUGGGUCAGCAAAGAAGAGUUCUUCAAGUAUUUCAAGACCAUCUACCUGUGUGCCACGGACAUGAAGAAGUCCCAACAGCUCCAGCGCCUCCGAACUCCCGUCGCCAGCGAGGCGAUUUUGGCUGGCGUGGCCUCUCAAAGUCCAGAGGUCACGUCAUUGCCACGGAAUCCACUGGUGAGGCCAGCAGGUGAAGCAGCUCCAGCCGAAGAUGGAAGGAUGCCUGCAACAGUCCAUCCGACUGCCGUUCUGCGUGGUGAUGUAGAACUGGGUGAAGGAUGUGUCGUCGGAGAGCAUGCCAUCGUCGGCCCCAGAGUCCGUUUGGGCGCACGCUGCCGCAUUGCCGCCAUGGCGAUUGUGGAGGAAGAUGUGAUCCUUGAAGAAGACUGCGAGGUCGGUCCCCGAGGCCUCCUCCGGGGUCCGUUGGUGGCAGGAAAGCGAAACCGCUUCGACGAGGGAUGCUUCAUUGGUUGUCACAGCCCGCUUUCGGGCGCGCUCCCGAACGGCCAUGUCAGCAUCGGCGACGACUGUUUGUUCGAGAUUGGUUCCAUUGUGCGGGUCUUAUUCCUGAGUUCGGGAGAUCUCGGGACCUCUAGCCAGGUAUCAGCAAUGAGCCGAUGCGAAACGGACCCGGAGCUGAUGAAGAUGGGCCGGGCCAUGACCAUCAAAGUGGCUGCGGCCGAGUCCGAGCCAUCAACCCCGCUCGGAGUCGAUUGCCUCGAGGAGGAGGAGGAAGCCGCUUUAAGAUGGGAAAAAGAGGUGAGACUGCCUGGCAGACCUCUGAGUCAUGAUGGUUUGUUGAUUGCUGGCGAGGCUCGGCAGCACGGUAGCGGUUGA